AUGUUCACCCCGCGGGCGAUGUUCACCCCGUGGGAGAGCCACGCGAUGGAGCCGCGAGACGCGCGCGACGGUGGACAGGCGGAGGAGGAGCGGGGGGAAGGGGGGUCGGCGGAGAACACGGAAGAUGAGGAAGAGGAGGAGACGGAUGAUGAUGAUGAUGAUGAUGAUGAGGGGGAUGAGGAGGAUCAGGAGGAGGAUGGGUCAGAGGAUGGUGCAGAAGACGCGAUUCGAGACGACAGCGAUGUCAAUCUGGCGGCCAUGCGGAGUCUCAAAGCGUCGCGCAGCGGCAAGGGCAUGGUGUCGUUCGCGGACCGGCGGAGGGGGAGCGCGGAGGACGGGGAGGAGGGGUACGGGGACGGGGACGGGGACGGGGACGGGGAGGGGGAGGGGGAUGAUGGGUACAACGAGGAGGCGGAGCAGCGGGAGAAGCUCGACCAGGAGGUUAUUCAGGCACAUGGGCGAGUUGACUUCUUCCUCUGCCCCUACCACACUGUGUUGUCGCUCCUCUCUCUCCGCGUUCUCCUCGCUCCUCUCUCUCCGCGUUCUCCUCGCUCCUCUCUCUCCGCGUUCUCCUCGCUGCCUCUCCUCUCUCCCUCCCAGCCAUCCAUGUACGAGCGGGUGAAGCACAUGGGAGAGCUGACGGACAACUUCAAGAAUCUAUUCUUCUUCCUCUGCUACACGUGCCUCUACCUCACCGUGCUCUACCUGCAAGCCGACGCCUCCAUCUGCUACCAAGUCACCACCGCCCACAACGUGCUGCUGCCGCCCGACUACAUGGCAGCAGCAUCCAUGACCAUGAACAGUCCAGACGACUUCUACACAUGGCUCAACGACAGCAUCAUACAGGUGGUGUGGAAGGACCCUCCAUGCGGCAACGGCAUCUGUGAGCGCCCCCUAGAAUUCGAAGCAUUCGGCCGCUUCGGCUGCUCGGCGGACUGUGGGGACCUGGCGGCAGUGACGAGCGUGACAGUGCACCUCACUACCGACUUCCACUCUCCCACUGAUGCCGCUGCCUCUUCCUGGAACCUCUGCCGCGACGCCCCCACCCCUCUCUGCUGGUACGCAGAGGACCAGCAGUUCACAGAGCUAGCAUCGGACACGCAGGUCACACUCGCACUGCCAGACGGCUCGUGGUCUCUCGUGCUCAAUGCGCCGGGGGGAGGCAUCGCCGGCACCCUCCGACUCACCGGCAGCAGAAACGCCGCUUUUGCUGCUGCUGCAGUCGCUGCUGCUGGUUUUGGAGGCCUGCUUGCAAUGCAGGCUGUCUGGCCAACUACUGUGGGGGCGGAGAGGGUACUCCCCUCCCCUGCCAUGCAGGUCCCAAGUUCUCUCCCCCUUCUCACCCCCUCCUCUCCUACCUGCCUGCAGGCCUGCUCGCGUUUUGCAGGCUGUCUGGCCAACCACUGUGGGGCGGGAGGGUACUCCCCAGCAGCACUCUCCUCGCUCUUUGUCACCUGCGCCUCUGCCUGCAACGACAACUCCUCCCUGCCCUUCCUGCCCUUUAGUGACUUCUCUUGCGCUGAGGUAAGGGAGUCGACUCAUGGCCCUGCCCCUCUACCCCUGCCUCCAUGCCCCUCUGCCCCUGUCACGAUGCCCCUCUGCCCCUGUCACUAUGCUCCCCUCCAUUGUCAUUACUAUGCCCCUCUACGCUCUGCUCCUCUCGCCGCACAGAUAAUCAACGCCACUGCAGACAGCCUUGCAGGCUUCCAGUGCUCCUACCCCCCCAACUCAACGCUCACCACAGGGGUAGGCAUACAACCCACAGCUGCAGUCACACCCAUGCCUCCCUUUUCUCGCUCUGCUUUUUCCCAUCCUCUCGGCAUCUCAAACCAUUGCAUCAAAGUGCGAAACGUCUUUCUUUCCGCCCUCUCCCCUUGUCUUCUCCUUGCUGACUUUUGCGCCAUCCCUUCCCCGAUGCUCCUAUUCUCACACCUUUCUUCAGCUCGCACCCCUUCUCAACCCUUCUCACCCUUUCCUCGCCCAUUCCUACCUAUUCUCACACCUUCUCAUUCUUCAGAGGAAGGCUCGGAGCCUCUGGGAGCAGGCAGCACAGGCUGCAACGCCACAAGCAUCUGGACUCACCUUGGCUCCACCGACUCUCAGCGAAUCACGAGCCUCCACGUGGCAGUCGCCCGAGCCCUCUACACAGCUGUCAAGGACGACUGCCUCGUUGGCUCCCCCCUCUUCUCUCCCCGGGCCAACCCCUCCCCUCCCUCCCCUCCCUCCCCUCCCUCCUCUCCCUCCUCUCCUUCCUCUCGCUCCUCUCUCGCCUCCACUCGCCGCUCCACGCGCCCCUCCUCCCCUGCUAUCCUCCCGCCUGUCAUCCUCUCCCUGUCCUCUCGGUCCCGCCUUGCUGCUUUCCUCUGCGUGCUCUUUGCUGGGGAGGAAGCUGCUCGGAAAGUGCCCGAGUGCAAGUACACUUCAUCGUGGGACGGGCGGCAGCUGGUGUCUGCUUCUGAGCUGGCGGCCGACGUGCCUUGGACUGUUGCGCUCAAUCAGACGUACCACUUAUCUCGGGACCAGGCGGCGCGUUUCGUCCUUCUCCUCACCGCAGCGCUCAAGUCCGUCGUUCUGUUGCCGGACGAUGACGUGGCAGAUGCCGCCCGGUUGCUGCACGCACUUGACGCUGUGGUCGUGGACCAGUCUCUGCCUUCCUGCGGUACCACCGCCACAGGUCCCACAGUGAUGUGGGGGGCGAGCAGGCAGCCCAGCACGGUGGUGCCGGUGGGGGAGCGAGUCACAUGGGUGUGGGCGGAUGGGCAACCCCAUGCCAUCAACGUGGCGGGGUUUGGGGAUGCAGCAUCCACUCCUUUCUAUGGCAUGGGCAGCGGCCGGUUGGUCUUGAGUGCUGACGUGGCAUGCAGUGCGGAGAACGUGGGGACCACGGCGACGCUCAUCAACGGCUCACACGCGUCCACCGCUGAUCCUGCGCCCUGUCCCACCACCAGCGCUGCUGCCUCGUCCCCCCCCAUCCCCUUCUCCUACACCACGGUCCGGUGGGAUUCGUGGCCCGGCCGCAGUACUGUCCCUGUCCUCCGGGACAGGUUCGGUCAGACGAAGGAGGUGAGUGAUAGGGUGUUGGGCGGUGAUGGGCGGUUGGGAUGGGCGGUGGGGGGAAGAUGGGCGGUGGGUGGUGAUAGUUUGGUUCGGUCGGACGAAGGAGACUCAUUCCUCACCCUCCUUCCACUUCCCCCCCUCUCCCUCUCCACUUACCUCGAUUGCAUGGCCCCCCUCCACCCAGCAUGCUGCAUGACGUCAGCCAUAGGGGAUGGCCUCUCCUUCCCCUUCACCCUCGACAUGUUCUCAAAUGCCACGUCAGCAGCCAUGUCUGCUGGCAAUGCCACGUCAGCAGCUGCGUCGGCUGCUAAUGCCACGUCAGCAGCUGCGCCUGGUGCCGCGGCUGCGGGCAAUGCGUCGUCAGCAAACGGCACGGAGGAGGUGGCGUUGUCUCGCUUCGUGGCGGAACAGAACAGGGUGCUGAUAGGACUGAAAAUCGAGCAGACCCGGUGGGACGCUGUAACCUGCCAGCCAUACAGGUUCUCCUCCCUCUUCCAAAACUGCAUGAACCGCAUAUCCACAGCUCCCUUUGGCGUCAACCCACACUUCCUGCCCUCGUCCUCGCUCUACCUCCCUGACGCCUACGUGGCGCUCAACGACUCGUUAACCAGCGCUGACGUGGACACCAUGCAGCCAAUCGCGACGCGGCCUGACGGCGUGCCAUAUGGCUUCCAAGUCGCCAAGGCGAACGAGAGGGUAUUCCCGGUGAUAUUCGACAUCAAUCUGGACAACGAGGCGGCCACGCAGCGCCUGCAGUAUCUGGCGGACAGCUUCUUCAUCGACAACGCCACGCAGUCCGUGUCCGUCGCCAUGCUCACCUACAACGGCGACUCCAGUCUGUUUGUGUACACCACCGUGAAACUCAACUUUGAGAUCGGGGGCAAGAUCGCAGUCACGUACAACGUGGAUCCGGUGGACGUGGAGCUCUACUCGUCCAGUGCCGACUGGGUGCGCCUCACAGUGUCGGUGCUGUACGUGUGCGCGGUGGUGUGGAACCUCAUAGAGGAGCUCGUGGAGGCGUUUCAGUGCUGGCUGGAGACAGGCAGGAUCACAUCAUACUUCCGAACGCUGUGGAACUGGCUGGAUGUGCUCUCACUCACCAUCCAGUUCAUCGGCAUCAUCAUGUGGUUCAUCAUAUCAGUGCAGAUGGCCGGAGGCUUCCAGGUGCAGCCUCGAUACGACAUCUACGUCACGGGGGACUCGCCCUUUGUCUGGCGGGUGCAGCCUCGCUACGACAUCUACGUCACGGGGGACUCGCCCUUCGUCUGGCGGGUAGGCCGUAUACCACUCUGUGAGGGACGAACCACGUGGUAUACUGCACAGAGUGGUAUACUGCACAGAGUGGUAUACUGCGCAGAGUGGUAUACUGCACAGAGUGGUAUACUGCCUGCGCAGUGGCCUCUACUUUUUUCUCCCUGCACAUCCCUUACCGCUUCCCCGUCUCCCACACACCUCCCCCCUUCCUCUCCCCAACAGCUGCAGUACCCCCCAGUGGGCUACGAGCAAGCGCAGGCAGUAUACGAAUCCAUUCGCAACCUCGUGCAGUGGCGCUCCAUCCUCGUGUCGCUGCAGGGCAUCAACGUCUUCCUCUUCCUCCUCCGUCUGCUCAAGCUGAUGGACUUCCAGCCGCGCAUCGCCAUCCUCACGCGCACCAUGGCAGCAGCCUUCCCGGCCCUCGUGCACUUCUUCCUGCUCUGGGCGAUCAUGUUCAUCGGCUUCUCUCUCUACGCCUAUGUGGUGUUUGGUCGAACCUUGGAGCAGUUCAGCACAGUGGCGAUGUCGAUGGUCUCCUGCUUCCUCAUCCUGAUCAACGACAACAGCACGGGCUACUACUUCAUCCAGCUGGAGGGGUGGAACCUCACAGCAGCCAUCAUCUUCUGGGUCGCCUACAUCAGCGUCAUGGUCUUCGUCAUGCUCAACGUGCUCAUCGCUAUUGUGGUCGAUGCUUUCUUGGAAGUCAGGAAAUCUACGGAAGAAUCGCCAGCGUUCCCAGUGGACAUGUGGUAUGUGCUGCGCAACGUGCUGCUGCGCCUCUCAACGGACUACUGGAAGCCAGGACGGCUGCAGCGGCACCUGCUCAUGCUGGGCGCAGAGGACGUUGACGUUACG